UUUUCCGUUUUCAUACAUAAUUCGGACGCUCAUACGCAUUUUGGAGGCAACAGAGCAGACGCGUCACCUGGUGCCAUGGCGGACGGAGCAUUCAAAAUGGCGGACCAUGGAAUACAGAUUGAAAAUGCGCGCGCAAACCAAUGUCAUAUUUUUAAAUGGGAAGCAGAGGAGAUGUUUUUAUUUUUCUUAAAUUUGACUUGGACAUUAAUGUUGGCUGUUUUCGAAAUGACGUAUAAAUAUGCGAGUGUUAUUCUGUUAUCUGUGAUAUUGGCCGCUAUUUUAUAUGGAAUCUAUAGAGCGUAUUGGAAUCCAGGAGUUGUUAUACGGGAAUUAACAGACAUAGGAUUCAGCCACAUCCCAUACAUAAAGGGGGUGGAUAGAGACCUCCACAUAACAAGGGCUCAAACGAAUCGACCUCUGGGACAUAAGAUACCCCCUCCAUAUCCUAAUGGAUGGUAUGCUCUAAUAGAGGGGAGGGAUUUGAAGAUUGGAGGGGUGUCGUCUGUGGAUGCUUUGGGUCAAACAUUUUGCGUCUACCGUGGUGAAGAUGGUGUCGCUAGAGCUGUGGACGGAUUUUGCCCCCACUUAGGGGCAAAUAUGGGGAUCGGUGGGGCAGUUAAGGGCAAUUGUAUAGAAUGCCCCUUUCAUCACUGGAGGUUUGGAGAAGAUGGCGCAUGCUCGUACAUACCUGAUAUUAAGAAUAUACCAAAAGGCAUAUCAAUCAAAACCUGGCAAACUAUGGAAACGGAUGGGGCUGUCUGGGUGUGGUAUGAUGCUGAGGGACGACCCCCGCUGUGGACCGUCCCAGAACUGGAGGAGACGAAAACCUGGGGGUAUAGGGGCAGGAAUGAGUUCAUUAUUAGCGCUCAUAUACGGGAUAUCCCGGAGAAUGCGUCAGAUGCUGCACAUCUUAACUCUAUUCACAAACUGUCAUUUAUGACGGAUAUUGGCGGGAAAAUGCCGUUUUUAAAUAAUAUAGUCGGACAUCAUAUCUGGAGAACAGAAUGGAUGAAGACAGACGAAUCUCAUGUCGCUGAAAUGAAGAUCGAUCAAAGUUACAUUAUAAUGAAUUGUAAUGUGUUCCCGUUUAAUAUUUCUGUAAAGCAGAUCGGUCCAGCCCACGUCCGUCUCCAUUUCAACUCAAUAUUCGGCUCCACUGUAGUGACACAAUCUGUCACACCAAUAGGCCCGAUGCUACAAAAGGUUGUCCAUCGAAUAUAUUCGCCAGCUCGUAAUGCGCUGUUCGGCGCUGUUCUUGUAUUGGCUGAGGCUUAUCAGUUCGAACGUGACGUCGUAAUCUGGAACAACAAGAAGCAUGUGAGUUCACCCCCCUAUGUACGCGCCGACAAAUCAAUACGCGCCUUUCGUGACUGGUUUGCUCAGUUCUAUAGCGAAAACAGUGUUACUAUGCGAGAUGCUAUGAAUAAACCACUCGACUGGUAACCAUGGUAACCAGUAAAAGACAGGAGCAAGGACAGGAGAUAGUUUUUUUUUAUUUCUUCAUAUCUAGAAGAUAUGACUAU